AUGUGUAUAUUGAAAUUACCACAUUCCUCAUUUUUACCAAUACUUCUUUCAACUCUCUGUAUCUAUGCUGGGGCCUCCGACUCAAACAUCGACGAUGUAGAGAGUCUGCGAAGUCUACUAUUCGCACCGAACUCUGGGGAGGUGAUAGCGGCGUUCGAGUCCUUUCAGUCUUCUGUCUGUUCCCCUGCUGAUGAGCGGUUCCAACGCCAGUGCUUCUCCGAAUUGCCGGCCGAUCGAUAUGAGGUGCUGGAGGGGUCACCCGUGCGAAUGCGGUGUCGCGUAUCGUGGCAGAGUGGAAAAGCCCAGUGGCGUGCCCACAAUACACUCCUCGGUACGUGCCAUAUACGCUUGCUGUAUCAGACUAGAUCUGGCUCAGUAGGGUCUUGUGAUCCGCAUAGAAGCGCCUUUAAAAUUCGCUUUAAUUUUUGA